GUGACACGUUCACUAAAAAAAAACCCUUUUGUAGCGAAUCAUUUAUUAAGAAAAAUUGAGAAGCUUAACACAAAGGCGGAAAAAGAAAUAAUAGUAACUUGGUCACGGGCAUCUACCAUUAUACCCACAAUGAUUGGACACACAAUUGCUAUUCAUAAUGGAAGAGAACACGUGCCCAUUUACAUAACAGAUCGCAUGGUAGGUCAUAAAUUAGGAGAAUUUGCAUCAACUCUAAAUUUCCGGGGACACGCAAAAAACGAUAAUAAAUCUCGUCGUUAA